GGCGCGGCGCGCUCCGCCCUCCCCCCUUCCUCUCGCGUUGGUUCCGCUCGGAGGGGUUUAGCCGCCGCCGCCGCCGCUGCUGUCGCUCCUCGCCGUCGGUCGCGCCGCUCUCCGCUUCGGGCCGCUCGGGCGUUUUCUCUCUGCCUUAAAGUCGGGUGUCUUUUAUGAAUAAUCAAAAGCAGCAGAAGCCAACGCUAUCAGGCCAGCGUUUUAAAACAAGAAAAAGAGAUGAAAAAGAGAGGUUUGAGCCUACUCAGUUUCAGGACUGUAUUAUUCAAGGUUUAAGCGAAACUGGCACUGACUUGGAGGCAGUAGCAAAGUUUCUUGAUGCCUCUGGAGCGAAACUUGAUUAUCGCCGCUAUGCAGAAACGCUCUUUGAUAUCCUGGUGGCUGGUGGAAUGCUGGCCCCAGGCGGUACCCUGGCAGAUGACAUGAUGCGCACAGAUGUCUGUGUAUUUGCAGCCCAGGAAGACCUAGAAACCAUGCAAGCAUUUGCUCAGGUUUUCAACAAGCUCAUCAGGCGUUACAAGUACCUAGAGAAAGGCUUUGAAGAUGAAGUCAAAAAGCUGCUGCUGUUCCUAAAAGGUUUCUCAGAGUCUGAGCGGAACAAACUGGCCAUGUUGACGGGUAUCCUGCUAGCCAAUGGGACACUUAAUGCAUCAGUUCUCAACAGUCUUUAUAAUGAGAACUUGGUUAAAGAAGGUGUUUCUGCAGCUUUUGCAGUCAAGCUGUUCAAAUCAUGGAUAAAUGAGAAAGAUAUUAAUGCAGUGGCUGUCAGUCUUCGUAAAGUAAACAUGGAUAACAGGCUGAUGGAGCUCUUCCCAGCCAACAAACAAAGUGUUGAACAUUUCUCCAAGUACUUCACUGAAGCAGGAUUAAAAGAACUUUCCGAGUAUGUUCGGAACCAACAAAGCAUAGGCGCUCGGAAGGAGCUGCAGAAAGAACUUCAGGAGCAGAUGUCACGGGGAGAUCCAUUUAAGGAUAUAAUCUUGUAUGUGAAGGAGGAGAUGAAGAAGAACAACAUCUCAGAACAGACUGUGAUAGCCAUAAUCUGGUCAAGUGUAAUGAGCACUGUGGAAUGGAACAAAAAAGAGGAGCUGGUAGCAGAGCAAGCCAUUAAGCACUUGAAGCAAUACAGCCCUCUACUUGCUGCCUUUACUACCCAAGGUCAGUCAGAGCUGACUCUUCUACUGAAGAUUCAGGAGUACUGUUAUGACAACAUCCACUUCAUGAAGGCCUUCCAGAAAAUAGUGGUGCUCUUCUAUAAAGCUGAAGUUCUGAGUGAAGAACCCAUCCUGAAGUGGUAUAAAGAUGCACAUCUCGCGAAAGGAAAGAGUGUUUUUCUGGAGCAAAUGAAAAAAUUUGUCGAAUGGCUCAAGAAUGCUGAAGAAGAGUCCGAGUCUGAUGCUGAAGAGGGUGACUGACCUGUGCAAUUUUGUCCUCAGUAAAGCAAACAGGAGCUGUAGAUAAGUGUCAUGUCUCAUGUGUCCUUCUGAUUCUUACAUCCUACCUCCCUGUAUCAAGCAUGAUAUAAGGGCUCUCAUGGCAAAUUUAUUUUAACUGUUUUCUAUAGUUAUGGAAAUACCGGGUUUAGUUUUUAAAACCAUGUUUUAAGUAGCUUACAGGAGCUAUAGAUUUGAUUCUAACCUACAUUAUCUUUUCAGUUAUUCUACCUCCUGUAUUUUCUACUGUAAUGAUGUAAUUUAAGGCCUUCCAGAAUGAAAUCCAUUUUCCCCCUUGGGUUUUCUAUCUACAUUUGAGUAGUAGACAUGCUUUGGUAAAUGAGAUUUAUGGCAGUUCUGUUUGCAAAUUAAACUGUAAAAGUCUCCAAAGUGAAGAGGCCAUGGCUUGUGUGGUAACUUAGUGUGACACUUUAAUCCAAUACUGCUUGCUCCAAGUAACCCUAUUCAUAGAUGUGGUUGUCCAUCCCCCACAGACUGUAUCUGUCAUCUCUUGACCAUGCUUCCAGCAUAAAGUAAUCCUCUAUUGUAAUGCAGCUGACCCCUCCGGGGAGGCUACUUCAGUGUCCUACCAGAUGGGACCUGUUGCGGUGGUGGUGAACGCCUGUAACCGCGGUGGGGUAUGAAGAGCAGCAUUCUCUGAGCCCACUGGCUGUCACAGCUGGGGGCCCAUGUUCUCGAGGGGCAGCACAGCUUUAACUGGGCUGCAAGGCCUUCGUGCAGCAGGGAUCGGUACUGUGAGAGUUGUGGUUUGUCAGCCACUCUGCUGCUUGUGCUCAGGCAGGUACAGACACCGCUCCCUGUACAGCUGCCAACUGCUUCCUACAGCCCUGGCCUGUGCUGUGAGCAGUGCAGAGGUGCCUUGGCUGUGUGGCUCUGGGCUACUCUGUUCCUUGCACAGACCAAAGUUUCCUUUGGUGGUAAGUGCACAGCUGCUGGAAGGUAAGACGGACAAAACUCUACAUCCACAAGAAGCUGAGAAAUAAGAUUACUUUAUGCUGGCAGUUGAUCUGUUAAGUUAUCUACUCAACAAAAUCUUGUCUGAAUUCUUCAUGGGAAUUCUCAGGACAGCUCCUGAUUAGGGAAGUCUAGGUCAACAUGGUUGUGAGCUAACGCUGAGCAUUAACUGAAACACUCAUGACCGGUCGACUUACAAAAUGGAAAAAAACCUUGGUGAUCACAAUGCAAUCUAUUCAAUACUACAGUGAUCUUCCUUCCUUUGUAUUUUUUUUUAAAAGAAAUAAAGGCCAUCCUUACACUUAAAA